AUGAUGUUUGAUAUCUAUCUAUCUAUCUAUCUAUCUCAGUCUGUCCACAUCUAUCUAUCUAUCUAUUUCAGCGUUUCAAAAUUUUCUUUCUCCUAUUUUCGUUUCCGUUUAAUUUUUAUUUUCGCUCUUUUACAUAUACUUUCUCACUUCUUCAUAUCUCCUGAUUUUCACUAUCUAUCUAUCUAUCUAUCUAUCUAUCUAUCUAUCUAUCUAUCUAUCUAUCUCAAUUUGUCCACAUCUGCCUAUCUAUCAAUCUAUCGAUUUCACGACCGACGUAAUCCUAUCUAUCUAUCUAUCUAUCUAUCUAUCUAUCUAUCUAUCACAUCAGUUUUCUAUCUAUCUAUGAUAUUUCUUGGUUCUUUCUUUCUUUCUACCUAUCUAUCUAUUUAUGUAUCACUUUCUAUCUUCAUCUAUCACAUUAGUUUUCUUUCUAUCAUACAAGGUUUCUCUCUGUCAGUCUAUCUAUCUAUCUAUCUAUCUAUCUAUCUAUCACACUCAGUGUAUGUCUGUCUCUAUCGGUUUAUUACACAGUGUCUUUCUACCUUUCUUUACUUCUUUCUUUCUUUCUAUCACUUUCUAUUUUUAUCUAUCACAUUAGUUUUAUUUCUAUCUAUCUAUCUAUCUAUCUAUCUAUCUAUCUAUCUAUCUAUCUAUCUAUCUAUCACACUCAGUGUAUGUCUGUCUCUGUCUGUUUAUUACAGUGUCUUUCUUUCUAUCUAUCUAUCAAACUCGGUUUCUAUCUGCCUAUCUAUCUCCCUGUCUAUCUAUUAUUAUUAUAUAUUUCCCAAACCAGUACACGUCUAUCUAUCUAUCUAUCUAUCUAUCUAUCUAUCUAUCUUAUAG